AUGGCUACAAAACUAGAUGACAACUUAGAUGACCCCUUAUACAUAUACCCUGUUCCUAAAGGUUUGGUUACCAAUUGUCCCGUUUGUUUCGUCUCUCUGUACCAAAACCCAUUUGUGAAUGGUGAAUGCGGGCAUCAUCUGUGCGGGUCUUGCAGUAAACGGCUGAAAUUUUGUCCUGAAUGUCGUGUCUCUCUUAAAACACACCCAGAUAAAAGUCUUCAAAGAGUUCUCAAGUCCCUUUCCGUCUAUUGUAAUAAGAAGAAUGAGGGUUGUGAGUGGGAGGGUGAAUUAGGUGAUCUUCAGCAUCACCAAGAAAACUGUGUGCGUGCUGUUAUUCGUUGUGCCACUUGUGAUCUUGAAGGUCCAAGAGAUUUUAUUUCAAUUCAUCAAAGUGAAGAAUGUAUCUUUAGAAUAGUGUCGUGUAAAUAUUGUCACCACCAUUAUAGCUGGAGUGAUCUGAAUUCACAUUAUGAUCUCUGUUCUGAAUACGUUAUUCAGUGUUCUGAAUGCUAUGCAAGUAUAACAAGAGGAUAUGAAAAGACACACAAAAACGAAGUCUGCCCACUAGCAUAUGUAAAAUGUGUUGCAUCUCAAUAUGGGUGCCAGUGGGAAGGGUAUCGAAGAGCAAUGGACGAUCACGUAAAAAACAAUUUGGCUGUGCAUUUUCACCUGUGCCUUCAGCAAGGUUCUAAAAAUGAAGAGGCCCUUGCUUCAUGCAAGGAUGUAAUUAAGCAAUUGGAAUCCGAAGUUAAAAAAAAGAAUCAAGAAAUUACUUCGUUACACCAGAAAUUGGAAUCCGAAGUUAAAAAAAGGAAUCAAGAAAUCACUUUGUUACGUCAGAAAGUGUCUACACUAGAGCAAAAUAAUCAAUGCUUAUUAAAAACUCAAAUUCCAUCAAUGGAAAAUGAAAUGAGAAGAAAAAUGGCAAUAUGGCAGGAUGCAGCAGAAAAUGACUUGAGGAAAGAAUUAACCGAGUACAUCGAUGAAUGCUUGGAGUCAGGGGAAGAAACCGAUAAUGAAGAUGAUGAGGAUGAUGAUUAUGAUAGUGAUAGCGAUAUUGUGAAACAAAAGCCAACCUUUUUCUACGAGCUUUAUCAUUUUGUCAAGUCUAAAAACAAAGAUAAAGAUGUUUUAAGUCCAUCGUUCUAUGCUAAUGGCUACCAUAUGCGUUUACGAGUACAUCCAAAUGGCUAUGGUAGGGGUGAGGGAAGUCACCUCUCUGUUUAUGUGUGCCUACUUCAAGGAAAUUUUGAUCGUACAAUCCCGUGGCCUUUCAGAGGAGAAGUUAUUAUUGAAUUAUUGCACAAUGACAAUGGACGACCGCAUAGAAGAAUCGUGAAGUAUGAGUAUGAUACUCCAAUAGAUUUUUCAACUGUGGAAAAUGGUCCAUCAAAAGGAAAUGGCUUUCCUAAAUUUAUAGCUCACUCAAGCUUGCAUAACUAUCUUA